CGGAGCGGUCCUCGCGCGCUGGAGGCGGCCAAGUCAUGGACCGCAAUCCUUCUCCGCCGCCGCUGAGUCGGGACGGGGACGAGGAGGAGGAGGCGGCCGGGGGGGACUGCAUAGGCAGCACGGUCUACAGCAAACACUGGCUCUUCGGCGUCCUCAGCGGGCUCAUCCAGAUUGUUAGCCCUGAAAACUCCAAAUCCAGCUCAGAUGAUGAGGAGCAGCAGAUGGAGCUUGAUGAAGAAAUGGAGAAUGAAAUCUGCAGAGUGUGGGAUAUGUCAAUGGAUGAGGAUGUGGCUUUGUUUCUCCAAGAAUUUAAUGCUCCUGACAUAUUUAUGGGAGUAUUGGCCAAAUCCAAGUGUCCUCGAUUAAGAGAAAUCUGUGUGGGAAUUUUAGGUAAUAUGGCCUGUUUCCAGGAGAUAUGUGUGUCCAUCAGCAGUGACAAAAAUCUUGGCCAGGUAUUAUUGUACUGUUUGUGUGAUUCAGACCCUCCUACUCUGCUGGAAACAAGCAGGUUGUUGCUUACUUGCCUUUCCCAGACAGAAGUGGCCAUUGUCUGGGUUGAAAGAAUCCGAGAACAUCCAGCUAUUUAUGAUAGCAUUUGCUUCAUCAUGUCAAGUUCAACAAAUGUUGACUUGCUGGUGAAGGUCGGGGAGGUUGUGGACAAGCUCUUUGAUUUGGAUGAGAAGCUAAUAUUGGAAUGGAUUAGAAAUGGGGCUGUUCAGCCUCUGGACCAACCCCAGGAAGAUUCUGAACAGCAGCCAGUGUUUCGAAUUGUGCCCUGUGUACUUGAAGCUGCCAAACAAGUACGUUCUGAAAAUCCAGAAGGGCUCGAUGUUUACAUGCAUAUCUUACAGCUGCUGACUACAGUGGAUGAAGGAAUUCAAGCAAUUGUACAGUGUCCUGACACUGGAAAAGACACUUGGAAUUUACUCUUUGACCUGGUGUGCCAUGAAUUCUGCCAGUCUGAUGAUCCACCCAUCAUACUUCAAGAGCAGAAAACAGUGCUAGCCUCUGUUUUUUCAGUGUUGUCCGCCAUCUAUGCCUCACAGGCUGAACAGGAGUAUCUAAAGACAGGAAAAGUAGAUCUUCCUCUAAUUGACAGCCUGAUUCGUGUCUUACAAAAUAUGAAACAUUGUCAAAAGAAACCAGAGAACUCAGCAGAGUCUAACACAGAAGAAACUAAAAAGUCUGAUUUAACCCAGGAUGACUUCCACUUGAAAAUCUUGAAGGAUAUUUCAUGUGAAUUUCUUUCUAAUAUUUUCCAAGUUUUAACAAAGGAGACUGUAGCUCAGGGACUAAAGGAGGGACAGUUAAGCAAACAGAAGUGUUCCUGUGCAUUUGAAAACCUUCUUCCUCUCUAUAACCCUGUGGUAGAAGACUUCCUCAAAAUCCUACGUGAAGUUGAUAAGACCUUUGCUGGUAACCUGGAGGAAAGCUUCCCAAGUUUGAAGGUUCAGACUUAAAAACUGUUGGAAUUCCUCUGCUGAAGAAAUGAACUCUAUUUUCCUUGCUGACAGUUGAAAUUGACAAACAAGAAAUAUUAGACCAUAAUUGUUUGGUUUUAUACUCAUGCCCUUCUCCUCCAGCCUUAUCUCAUUUUUGUUUGGCAUUGGAAUCUAGCUUCACUACCAUCAAACAUCAUCUCGCCCGCCCCCCGCCACUUCUUUUUUGUAUUGGUUGUGCAGUCUUUUGUCUUCUUCAGGUAAAGAAGACAAAAUACAAGCUUAUCAUUAAGGUUCUUUUUAGAAUAUUUGAGGGGUUGGUGAGGAUUUUCUUUGUAACUCUUAAUUUGAUUUUUACUCAGAAUUUUGUAUUCAUAUCCACUACAAGUACAUUCACCUGCACUAGUAGAAAACCCUACUAUAGUAGUUGCUUAAUCUGAUAACUUGUAUGUAUUUUAUGCAAUAAGAAGUCCAGAGGUGGGCAGUCCAGCCCUGAUAAGGUGGCUCAGGGACCCUGACUCCUUUCACCUCCAUGUGGUCUGCCAGGUAGACCUCUGUGUUCAUUUUUAUUGUCUUGUGGUUAAGGGGACUAUAAUAUCUCUGGUCCUUUCUUCCACAUUCAGGGAGGAAAAGGGAGAAAGAAGCAAAGGGGCUUUCUUCUAGCAAGUCUUUACCUUUUUAUUUGUAAAGGACAGCCCUCCCUGGCCAGAACCAUGUCGCACAGCCAUUCCUAACUGCAGGUAUUUGAAAUCAAGUACUUUUUUCUUUCUAGCCUGUACAGGAGAGAAAGGCAAGAGAGAAGGGAGAUAUGAAUGGCUUUUGAGUGUACCCAAUCCAUGGUGUUUGCCACAAUAUGCAAACCUGUCUAUCCAUUUUACUUGUAUUGACUCCAUGCUAGGUUGUUAGUAACAAUUAAAAGCAAUUACUAGUUUAGCUUUGUUAUAGUUCAGUUUUUUUUUUCCAAUGUUUUAUGUAUGAAGAUGGAAAUGCUAACAUUAUGAUAAAAGCACAUUAGCAAAAUUCUCUAUCUUCAGAGAAGAUAGAAUAACAGUGGUUUAAUUUCAGAAAGUGAUUUGCUUGAGUGACUUCAGAUUUUUAAAAUUAAGAUUGAGGGAGUUUCAUAACUUCUGAUUGUUUAUAAACUGCUACACGUGAUUUCCCUCUCAUACUUUAUCAUUCUUUAUAGUGCUUCUUAAUGAAAUAUAUUCAGAGAAUCAACCAGGUACACUUAUAGGAAGCACCCAGUUUGCAUUAUUUCAGUUACUGAAAGUGGACUUUUAAUAGAUUUUCAGAAAAUAUCAGUUAUGAAUGAAAAAGCCAGCUUUUUAAACCUCUCUUCUGGUAUAGCCUCUUUUCAGUUUAUUGCAGAAUCUUUUAGACUUUAAAGCAUUGGUCUUGCCUCACACUUUGUAUUCUUUCCUUGAGUGACUUUUGCUGAUAAAACACAGGGGUGUCCUGUGUUAUUUAUAAGAGAUAUAUCAAUAUAAUUUCCAGUUUGGGGAUAGUUUUAUUGUUGAAAGUAUCCCUGCUGAAAAGAAUUGAACUAUAAAAUUAAAAUCGUACCGAUUAAACUCUAAUUGGUAGGUUUACUUUACGUGUAUCUGUAUGUCUUUGGUGAUGACCUUAUCCACAGGUUGAACGUGACUUUAAUGUGAGCUUUCAAAGGCACCGAUGAAAUCACUCCUACCUGCUAGCCAGUGCUAAAAAUUCCACUCUUGUUAUCUCUUGAAGCUUAAGGUUAAGAUGCAAAUAACCCCAUAAGAGUAACACUCCAAGUUAUUGUCAUGUUUACCUCAGUGCAUAAAUUCACAGUCUGUUUUCCUGAGAGCACAUUUUAAAAGGGGGAGCACAAGGAUCUUGAGUUUCUGAGCAAGAGUGCCCCGCAGAGUGGGGUAAGUUACAGAGGGAGAAAAAGGAUACAUCAUGGGGAGGCUCGGGAUGUCCAGGUUAUUUUCUACUUCCCAUUUCUGUCUUGAACCUGCCUUAUUUACUUGUUACUUCUUGCUAUUGUAACAUUAUGAGGUGGUACGUAUUUUCAUAGUACUUUGAUAUGUUUGAAAACUUCCUAAAUCUAUGAAUUAUAAUAAAUAGUUUUUUUUUUUUAAGUGAGCAGUGUUAAAACUUUUUUAAUGCUACGCGGUUUGAAGAAUUUACCAAAAAAUUUUAGUGCUUGCAUCAGUUACAGUGAUAUUUUAAAAUGGCGCUCUCUCCAGAAGCAUAAAUAUGAAAUUUGGAAUUUUAUGUACAAAUGAAAUUGAAACUCAUUCUUCCCCCAUACAUUUUUGCAGAGGAGGGAAGAAAUUACAAGAGGAACUUCAGUGAGCAUUUGUUAAAUGUGUCAUUCUAUUUCUAAUUAAAUUUGAGUUUGAUUUUUGAGGUAUUUAAACCACUUAAGACAGACACAGAAGAUAUGUUUUCUCUCUGCCUUUUUUUUAAUUCCCUGCAGUUAAUGGGAUAUAGCUAAAUUGUUCUCUUGGCUGAUCCAACUUUCAAGAUCAAAAGACUUUUUCCACUCUCUCUCGAACAUUUCUCUUGCCUUGCUUUGAAUUAGUUCCCCUGAAUAACUUUGGCAUGAAAGUGGAAAAAAGUUUGAAAACCAUCUCUCUUGUAUACUUCUUAAGUGAAGCAUAUGUAGAAACCAACCAUAGACAUUAAGAAGCAACCUCUGUUUAAGGUUCAGAAAAUCUUAAGUGCAUGAACUGUUGAACAGCGUUUUCUAUUCUGCAGGACUGGGCUAUAGUGAUGCUGGUUCUGACAGUUAACUGUGAAUUUGAAUAAAUUGAAGAAAAGGAAUAUUGGGGUUAUAGAUUAUCUUGCCUGUUUUAAAUAGUAUUUUUUAAAAAGCUCAUCAAUAGCUUUUUUUUAGAAAAAAAUAGAUCUAUAUUAAUUUAGAACUCAUCUCUGUAUUCUCCUUGAGAAUAUGUUGUCGUUUUACCACUUUGCAACUCCUCUUCUCUGCUCCUGGCAAAAGUUUUAAGAAGGAAAAAAUAGGUAAACACCUCUCUUGAAUUAGUCCAUAUCAGUAUUUUUCUUUUUAUUGCCGGGAUGAGAUUUAAUCUGAGAACCAUUAUUAAAAGUUAUAUAUUUAUAGUGAAGUGGUAUGAUGUCUUGAAUUUUCUUCAAAAUAGUCUGGGACAAGGGGAAGGAAGUGGGUUAAGGGAGUAGAUGAAACAAGAUUGGCCAUGAAUUGGAAUUGCUGAAGCUGGGUUAUGAUGGCAUGGGGAUCCGUUACACUAUUCCCUCUCUGUUUGUAUAUGUUUGAGGUUUCCUAUUAAUGUUUUUUAAAAGCAAGUAAAUCAUACACAUAAUUUUAAACCUGAAUUUAAUUACAAAUGAUGCUUGUUUCUUUUAUGUCUAAAUAAAACUAACACUAUUGUAUUAGCA